AUGGAUCCAUUCUCACUCACAGCAGGUGCCCUGCAAAUCGCUGGCGCUUGUGCACAGUGUACUGUCACCAUCAUUAAAUGGGUCGGCGAUGUUAGAACGGUCGAUGCCCGAAUUUCAUCUUUCUGUGAUGAAGUCGCCGCCCUUCAAGCGACGUAUGAAGGCCUCGAAAGAAGUUUGUCCUCCCCUCUUAUGGCCGAGGCUGCUCGCGUAGCCAAUCAGACGAGUGAUGGCGCCCAUCUUUGGAUUCAGGUAAAGGAAACACUCAAUGAUUCUCGAAGGACGAUGAAGAGGGUCAAUGAAGUUCUCACGCAGAUUGCCCGAACUUCUGGGUUUGGACGCAAAAUCAAGACACAAUUACAAGAAUCGAUUGCCUCGGGAGAGCUCUCUCGCCUUCGCCAACGCAUCCAAUUCUUCAACUCUGCCCUGUCCCUUCCAAUUCAGAUGGUCUGUGUCAUGCUGCAACUCGAACAGAGAGGCAUGACGGCCGAGCAUCAGACAUCAUUGGAUGCAAAGCUCUUGUCCCUUGAGCGCACCAUGAGAGAGCUCGUUAAAAGCCUAAGUGUCCCGCCUCGCUCCAAUACGCUAUCCGGCUCCACCAUCGCCGGCACAGAGCGCGGGGAAUUGAUACAAGACGAGGGAAUGGACACGUACAUAGCCUUUGCCAAAGAAUUCCUGACUGCUGCAUCUGCUGCCGCUAGUACGAGAUCUUCGUUAAGCACCACUUCUCCCGCCAUCGAACCUGAUGUGGCCUUUGAAGCCCGAAAAGCCUCACUACCUGAGAAUCCUCUUCCCGGCGACCAGAGGGCACGGCUGGUAGGUUGGAUUCAACCUCCGUCGAAAGAUCCUGGUCACCAUUUGCAUAAUACCCUAUAUGCACCUCAGUCCUCCGGUCGUGGGGGUGGGGCCCGUGUAGAAGACGAUUCUGAGGUUGAGUUCCUACGUGCGAAACGGCAUUUGAAACUCGGACAAGAAAGGGUUGAACAAGGCAACUAUGCAGGAGCUGAGAUACACUUCCGCAAAGCCUUAGCCCUUAUGGAAGAUCAUGAUUUCGAGGGAAGGAUAUCAUUUCAACCCGCAGAAGUCGUUCUGAUGUUGGCAGACACCUGCCGGAAACAAGACAAGCUUGACGAAGCUGUCACUCUCCUCGAACCGCUGGCUGCCAUGCAACCCGAUAUUUUCCCUAGCAGUUCCAAGAGCGACGCGUUUACGGAAGCAAAACGACCUUCAUCGUCGAAACCCGCUGAUAAAUUGCAGUCCCUCGCAGCUAGCCAUAUGUUAGGGCAGGUCUUUAUGUGCAAAUCCGAUUUCGAUUCUGCUGAAGAACAUGGUUUGAGAUCGUUCACCGAGCGAAGAAAGGAGCUUGGUCCACAAGAUGAGAAAACGUUGGAGUCGGUACAAUUAGUCAUCGAUAUUUACAAAGCGCAAGGAGACGAAGAGGAAGCAGAAGGCUACGAAAUCUUCCUCUCACCUCCAGAGAAGCCCCAAAAUGUGGUCUUCCCGGAUGACAACUUACCGAGGGAGAAGGAGUUACGGUCCGUGCCUGCUUUGAUUGCGCCGGAACCGAUCCAGACUCCAGCGAAUCAUCGGAACAGUCGAUCAAGUUUGGCCCAACGACUGCGGCAUUUCGGACGAUCUUCUCAGUCCACAUUGGCACAAUCACCUCCAGCAACAGAUUUGCACAGAUUAUCCAUGUCGAGGACAAUGACGUUGAACGAUCCAUUCCAGGAUUCAGAUGUAUCGGCUCCCCGCCAGGAGGGAAUGCGAAGCUUUAGUUCACGGUCGGAGUCUUCGACGCAUGAAAGAAGUAUGUCGGUCAACGACGAGGAUUCGGUCACGACGCCAUCCAGUGGAAAAUUGGAACGAUCAUCGUCGAGUAGGACGAUGGAACCUACUUACCUGGCUAUUGCACAACUGUGUGUUGAGAGGAAGUUUGACAGGGCGGUCAAGGUUGCCAUUCAAUACCUCGACACAUACAGGUCCAAUGUGAUGAUUAUUCGCAAGGCCGAGUUGAAAGAGAAUAUUCGUCGAGGAACAGGGCAAGGAUUGGCUAGCACGGGCCGAGGCUAUGCCCCUCUGCAUUUCUUCUGUGAGCUGAAAGAGGAGCAUGCCGAGGAGGUGAAUUUAUUGAUCAAACACGGCGUGGACGUCAAUGCCAUUGCUCACCAAGCUGGAUAUACCCAAUCAAACCCGAAGGAUCCCUUUACAGCAUUGCAACUGGCCACUGAAAGAGGACACUCCACGAUCACCGGUCUUUUACUGGCCGCGGAUGGGAUCAAGACAGACGUUCGAGACCCAGAAGGCUUCACCCCGCUGAUGGUCGCCUGCAGGAAGGGAUACCAUACUAUUGUCAAGCAGCUCCUGGACUUUCCACUUCCAACCGAAUUCCCGCCGACUUGGUACGGCAAUACGCUUCUUCACGAUGCUGCACGACGCUGCGAUCCUGUACUGGUCGAGAUGCUGUUGGACCGUGAACCCGACAUAGACGCACGAGAUCGAUUCGGUAAGACUGCAUUGAUGCAUGCCGUGAUCAAAAUCGAUAUCCCUGAUCCCAUCGAGAAGAAGAAGAGGAGUCGUGGGCGACACCGGACUGUACAAAUCCUGCUUGAGGCAGGGGCAGAUUCAACUCUGAAGGACAACAGAACUGGAAUGACGAUCCGGGAUUAUGCACUCAAAGAGGGUGACAUUGAAUUGUUGGCUCGUUUAGAUCAGGCUCCCCGAAGAGGUGUCAGUGAGCUCCUGGCUUGA